UUCAGUCAAUUGCCGUUAAAAUUGAUUUAAAUAAUAAAUGAAAAAUAUUUGUAUUGAAAGUUAUUGAAGAUAAUUAUUACUGUAUUAAUAUAUUAUAGUCUAAUAUUAAUACACCAAAAAAAUAUGCCUAAACUUUGUCUAAGUUUAGCAACAGUAGUAGUAGUAGUUUGUUGGCUACAGUUGUGGACAGUUGUCAAUGCCGUCAAUACAAAUCAGCCAAAACUAAAGGAACGACAGGCCAUUCACGACCGAUGGGCUAAUCAGCCGCUAAAGAAAACUACGUUCGACUAUAUAGUGGUCGGCGCCGGUACUACUGGUUGUGCUGUGGCCUGUCGUCUGUCGCAAAACGGCAAUCAAGUACUGUUGAUAGAGGCCGGCGGUGCCCAGAGUGCACUCUAUCACGAUCUACCCGGUGCUUACUCAUACAAUUUGCAACAAAACAAGGAUCAGCUGUGGCUAUAUAAAACCGAACCGGUAGCCGAAAUGGGCAACCGAGUGCUGGACGAAAAUCAUGGCAAAGUAAUCGGCGGCGAUUCAACGGUCAACGCUAUGGUUUCCGGUAGGGGUGCACCCAACUAUUAUGACGCCAUUGAAAAGCUUACCGGUGCCCGGGGCUGGAGUUUCAAAGAACUGUUGCCGUAUUUUUUGAAAUGGGAAAACAAUACCGAUCCCAGUGUUAGUAGCAAAGAUCACGGCCGUACGGGACCAAUACGAUUGGCAGUGCCGAAAUCUGUAGCGCCAAUACUGAACAAGUAUGUCGAUGCACUUAAAUCAAUUGGUGUGCCAAACGUUGAUCAUAUACCAGCACCGGGUCCAGUAGCCAAUAUAGGAUCAGGAUUGUUUGCCGAUGGUCUACGAUCGUCCAGUUCUAACGGUUAUAUCGAGUUUGGCGGACUGUGUCCCGAACUUAGUAUCCAGGCCAACGCACACGCGUCCAAAUUGAUUAUAGAUAAGGAAGGGUCGACUAUUCAAGCACAUGGAGUAGAGUUUGUCAAAAAUGGUACCAAACAUACAGUUAGUGCCACCAAAGAGAUUAUCGUAUCGUCGGGAGGUUACGGUUCGUCACAGUUAUUAAUGUUGUCGGGUAUCGGACCGCGCGAUCAUUUGACCGAAAUGAAAAUCAAUCCCAUUUGGGUCGAUCUACCGGUGGGCAGCGCCUACCAGAAUAGGCCGGCCAUUAAUCUGCUGUACGACAUCAAAGAUCAAGUCAACGCUCGUCCCAUACCGAUGCUCGACGAUCAACAACUGGGCGAUUGUUUGACUGGUGAAAAAGGAUCCCUGUGCGAAGCACCCAGGCUAUUUAUUACACUCAACUCCAAGGUGAACACACCCAAAGAGUAUACCGAUAUUGUUUACUUUGGUAACGUUAGACCUACCGGUAAGGGCGAUAUAAUUCAGGGAUCGGCAUUUGCAUUUAUUACCCGUACGAUGAGCCAGGGUCAUAUUAGGCUCAGAUCAGCCGACUAUCGCGAUCUGGUACGGGUUCAGCCCAACUAUUUCAAGCACCCGGAGGAUAAGGUACGUCUGAUGGAUGCUAUCGCCCAGUUCUAUCGUUUAGUGGAGGAAACAUCGUUCAAUAAGUAUGCCUCAGUACCGGCCCAACCGCAGAGUCCGGACUGUUCCUAUUGCGAGUCCGGUCCGGUUUGGAAGUGUACCAAAUAUCACGAAUGUCUGAUCCAGACUCAAGGUAUUACUGAAUUUCAUCCGCUCGGUGUGAUGCCGAUCGGUGCCGUCGACAGUAAAGAGUCGGUACUCGACGAACGUCUACGGGUCAAAGGUGUGUCCAAACUUCGGGUAGCCGAUACGUCCAUAUUGCCGUCAAAAGAUACCUACACACCCAAUACAUGUCCGGGUAGUGUGGCCUAUAUGGUGGCCGAAAAAGCGGCCGAAAUGAUAUUGGAGGACAAUAAAUGAUAAUAUAUUCAUAAUUAUUAUUAUAUAU